AUGACUCGAAGAGCACCGUUAAUCCUCAUUGAAGGACUGGACCGAGCAGGAAAAUCGUCCCAGUGUGAGAUUCUCAUCAAAAACAUAGCUCAAUUGAGCAACGAGACCGGGUUUCAAGAGCCUCAAUUACUGAAAUUCCCUGACCGAACUACUGCUAUUGGCCAAAUGAUUAACUCAUACCUGACCAACUCAUCCGAAUCACUUUCAGACCAGGCUAUCCACCUGCUUUUCUCUGCCAAUCGAUGGGAAGUUGCACCUCGUCUGAUCUCACUUCUUGAAUCUGGGGUCCCUGUAGUACUUGAUAGAUACGUGUACUCAGGAAUUGCGUUUUCCGCUGCCAAAGAGACUCCAGGCAUGACUCUUGACUGGUGCAGGAACCCUGAUAUCGGGCUCCCUGCACCCGACCUAACUAUUUUCCUCGACGUCAGCGAAGAAGUGGCACAAUCGCGAGGAGGCUACGGCCAAGAACGCUACGAGAAACUCGAAUUCCAGCGCAAAGUGCGCCAACAAUUCCACACCCUCGCAACCACAGCCCCCCCUGGCCAAUGGACCGUCGUCAGCGCCGACCACUCCAUCGACGCUGUCAGCACCCAAAUCCUGGCCCACGUCACGCCUCUCCUCACGACACAGCUCGGUCCCAUACAGAAACUGAAGUAA